GAAAAUAAAAAGUUUUAGUUGGCUUCCUAAUACAGACGUUAAAGCCCUAGCGUUUAUUGUCCAUGGGUAUGGGGAGAGGCUGACCCCCUACUAUGAUAGUCUGUGUGAGGCUGGGAUGCGGGAGGGAGUUCACUGUUUUGGACAUGAUCAUGUCGGACAUGGAGAGAGCGAGGGAGAGAGAGUUCAGGUUGAUUCCGAAUCUGAAUAUGUGACCCCUGUGCUCGAUCAUUGCCGCAAAAUAAAGGAGCAAUAUCCCUCAAAACCCCUUUAUUUAGUAGGGCAUUCUAUGGGAGGCUUAAUAGCUGUCUGCACUGCCCUUGAAGAUGGUAAACAGGAAGAUCCAAUGGUGGCAGGUUUGGUUCUGGUUGGACCCCUCAUAGAACCUGAUCCUACGGUCGCCACCCCUCUCAAGAGAUUUCUGGCUAGAAUGUUGAGUAACGUUCUGCCCGGUUUUAUGCUGGGAGAGAUAGCUAAAAGUGGUCUCACUUCUGAUAAGGACUGGAUUGAGAUUAUAGAAAAAGACAAGCUCAGAUGGCACGGAAAAUUUAAAGCGCGACAUAGCCAUGUUCUUCUCAACAAGAUGGAAGAGUUGAAGAGUGAAAUGGAAAAUAUUAAAAUUCCUCUUUUUAUUCUUCACGGGGAGAAAGACACCAUCUGUGCAAUAUCCGGUUCAAGGUUGUGAAGGAAGGAUUACACAAUAUUCUGCUUGAACGCGAACCUAUUAGAUCUGAAACGUAUUCUGAUAUCUGGACCUGGGUUCUUAGUCGAGCUAUCCAAUAUCUGGACCUGGGUUCAUAGUCUAACUAUCCAAUAUCUGGACCUGGGUUCUUAGUCGAGCUAUCCACAACAACCAGAAAGAUUCUGCAUCAUAUUCUUCAUAAUAAUCCACAAAGACUGAGACUUAAGAGACGACUUUCUAGAUUGUACUUUGUAAUUUUCUAUUUAUUGUUUCUUGGGUUUGUUAGUGUAACUGUUAUAUAGGAAGACGACUGAUAGACUGCAAUAGACAUGAUUAUAAAACACAGCAAUUGUGCAGUGUACCCAGAUCCAUUUCACUUGUAAAAAUUUGAUUUGCAAAACUAUUUGCUUUAUUAUUUGAUUCAUCAUUACACAUGAUAUCUUAAAAAUGUCGUCUUCCUUCAGAUUGACAGAAUGAAAAAUGUGUAGGUCGUCAUUGAACUUCUAUCCUCUGUGGGCAAUCCUGUAUCAUGGUUUUUUAGGUUCUUUCAAAAAUAAUCAAUGUCAAUAAUUAAAAUAUUAUACAUGGGAAUUGAGAGAUAACUUGAAAAUCAUCGUUGAUUGCCGACAAUUGACGAAUUUAAAAGAUGGUACGGUACGUACGUGUAAUGUCUAUAGUUAGCUUUCAAAAAUGUGGUUUUCCUUCUUGUUCAUAUCUUAAUAUUUAGAGUAUCUGGACAUUCUUCUUAAUAUAUCCACGUUCUUGAAAUGCAAAAUGGUAGAUUUGGUUUGGAUAACCCAAGGAGUAUGGAAUAUAAGGGAGAUGGAAAUUACCCGGCCCGCCUUACUAUAUAUAUAUGAUUAUACAUGCUUUGCAGACGGUACUCAAUUUGAACAAGAUUGUUUUUAAAGGUCGUCUUUUAAUUUUUAAAUGUGGUUUCUUACUUUACCACAUUUAAUAAAACGAUUUUCAUAUUAUAAAAAUACGUUUGUAUUGCUCGGCGUUAUUCAGUCUACUUUUUUCCCUGUUUAAAGGGACAGUAAAGGAAAAAUGAAAGGGGGUAUAGACUGAAAGCUAAUCACUUUAGCUCUCGAUCGC